AUGCUCACCUCCCCUUCUCUGGAUAAUCAUCCUGAAUUUGUUCAGGAACUGACUCCCCGGCUGCGGGCUUUCCUCUCGGAACCCAUUGGAGAAAAGGAUGUCAGCUGGGUGGAUGGGGUCAGCCAUCAGCUCGCAAUCAAUUUGAUCACUAAAGGUUUCAACAAGGCCUACAUCCUGUUGGGACAGUUCCUUCUGAUGCACAAGAACGAAGCAGAGUUUCAAAAGUGGCUCAUUUACUGCUGUGGCGCCACCGAGUAUGAGGCCCAGCAGAGUUCCAACUGUCUCAAGGAGUGGUGCGCUUGCUUCCUGUAGACACGAGUCCACGGCUGGGCAGCUGGGCAGCCUGGUGCAAACUGCCCAGCUGCGCCCAGCCUGGAUCAGCACCCCCUUCAGCUGAUUCACAGAUGUGUGAAGGUGAAUAAAGGAUUCCUAUGUAAAGUCA